GAGGAUCUCCGCGGCUUGGGGAGAAAGGAAACAAGGGCUACUGGGUGCACUUUGUCUUUAACAGGCUCCGGGCCAAAAAUCCGCGCUUGCAGGCUCGCAGGCAGCGGCGGCGUAACAAUAUCCCCACGUGACUGCCAUGAAAGCCUCUGUUCCAACCAGCCAGGCACCGAGGGAGGAAAAGAAACUUACAAGAGGUCGGAGAAGAGGCGCCGCUCGUCAUUUACGCACUAGAGAGAGAAGCCAAACCUCGGGGAUGUGAUACGAAAUUGGCCAGAAAGGGCUGGAAAAGACGGAUUUGGCCACGCUUCUGCCCUUCCCUCUUUUCUCUCCACUUCUCCGCGGUUUUGCUUCGCUCUCCUGUCACUCUUAACUACUUCUUCCUCCUUCCUUCGAAUGCUCCCUUUCCCUCGCCGCCUCUUCCUUACUUUUGGAUGACUUUCUCCCCCACACAACCCCAUCUCCCUCCCUUCUUCUCCCCGGCUGCAACUGCGCCCCGAUCUCCAAGGUAACGCCUCUCGCAGCAACAUGCCGGAGCAGAUCAGCGUCUCCGAGUUCGUGGCUGUGACUUCGGAGGAUCUCAGCUCGCCGGCGGCUUCGAGCUUCGCCUCCAAAUUGCAGAAGUGCCGGGGGGCCGUGGUGGCGCUGGAAGAGAGCCUGGAUGGAGACCAAGCCAUUCUCCAGCGGAUCAGGAAAUAUGUGAAAGCUAUUCAUGUUUCUGGGCUCACGCAUGUGGAGAACGAGGAGCAGUACAGCGAAACUCUGGAGAACUUUGGCAACAACCACCUUUCACAGAACAAUCAUGAGCUUUCUACGGGAUUCUUGAAUCUGGCUGUCUUCACCAGGGAAGUGACAGCACUUUUCAAAAACCUGGUGCAGAAUCUGAACAAUAUCGUCUCCUUCCCUCUGGACAGCUUGCUGAAAGGGCAGCUUAAAGAUAGCCGGCUGGAUUCCAAGAAGCAGAUUGAAAAGGCCUGGAAGGAUUAUGAGACCAAAGUAGCAAAGAUGGAAAAGGAGAAGGAGCGAGCCAAGAUAUCUGGAGUCAUUCAGACCGAACCAUCGGCUGCAGAAAUCGCCGAGGACCUGCAGAAGGAGCGCCGCACUUUCCAGCUUCAGAUGUGUGAGUAUCUUCUGAAAGCCAAUGAAAGCCAAAUGAAGCAAGGACCAGAUUUUCUGCAGAGCCUUAUCAAGUUCUAUCAUGCACAGCACAAUUUCUUCCAAGAUGGCUGGAAGGCAUCUCAGAACCUGUACCCAUUCAUUGAGAAGCUAGCAACGUCUUUACAUGCACUUCAUCAGGUGAAGGAAGAAGAGGUCAAGCAGCUCACUCGCAUCCGUGACUCCCUCCGAGGCAUCCUGCAGCUAGAGAACAAAGGGGAAAACCUCAGCAGGAAGAACUCCGGCAGUGGCUACAGCAUCCACCAGCACCAAGGGAACAAGCAAUAUGGGACCGAGAAAUCGGGCUUUCUGCACAAGAAAAGUGAUGGGAUUCGGAAAGUGUGGCAGAAGAGGAAGUGUGGCGUGAAGUACGGAUGCCUCACUAUUUCGCACAGCACGAUAAAUCGGCCUCCCGUCAAGUUAAAUCUGUUGACUUGCCAAGUGAGGCCUCAUCCAGAGGAUAAAAAGUCCUUUGACCUUGUGACACAUAACAGGACUUACCACUUCCAAGCAGAGGAUGAGCAUGAAUGUAUUGUGUGGGUGUCGGUGCUCCAGAACAGCAAGGACGAAGCACUCAGCAACGCUUUCAAGGGGGACCCAGGGGGGUGCGUGUCUUCGGCUGGCAGCAUGGCAGAUGGGGGGCUGCAGGAGCUCACCAAACUCAUCAUUGGCGAGGUGAAGAACAUGCCAGGCAACAAGCAAUGCUGUGACUGUGGAGCCCCAGAUCCCACGUGGCUCUCCACUAACCUUGGCAUUCUGACAUGCAUCGAGUGUUCAGGGAUCCACCGUGAGUUGGGGGUGCACUACUCCCGAAUCCAGUCUUUGACCCUGGAUGUGCUCAGCACUUCUGAACUGCUGCUAGCAGUCAGCAUUGGCAAUGCCAAGUUUAAUGAAGUCAUGGAGGCCACUUUGCCAGUCCCCGUUAGCCCGAAACCCUCCUCAAGCAGCGAUAUGAAUGCCCGGAAGGAAUUCAUCAUGGCCAAGUACAUGGAGCGCAAGUACGUUCACAAAGCGGCCAGGGAUGAGCCUUGCCGCCUCUGGGAAGCAAUCCGGAGCAGGGAUCUCCUGGCUCUGCUUCAGGCCUUUGCAGAGGGCCACGACCUGUCCAAACCUCUAGCCAGCCCCGAAGGCCAGGAACCAGGUGAGCGGGCUUUGCAUCUGGCUGUGCGCUAUGCCAACAAGACCUCGCUCCCGCUGGUUGACUUCAUUAUUCAGAACGGGGGAAAUCUGGACCGGCCCACUCCAGAUGGGAGCACAGCCCUGCAUUAUGGGGCCCAGUAUAAUCAGCCCAACUGCAUCAAGCUCCUGCUGAAGGGGAAAGCAUCUACAAACGCAGUAAAUGCAGCUGGCGAAACACCUCUGGAUGUGGCGAGGAGGUACAAGCAUGCCGAGUGUGAAGACUUGCUUGAGCAAGCGCAGGCGGGGAAAUUGGCUCCCCAGAUACACUUGGACUACGACUGGGAAACCCCUCAGGAGUUUUCUUACGACAGUGAAGAUGAGCUGGAUGAGAAGGUGAGCCCACUGCAGCGGUCUUUUGGGUCUUCAUCGUCUCCGACCACAGGCCAGCCUGCCCUCUUCCCUCCAAACAGGUGGAGUUGCACAGGUAUAGACAUCAGCAACAAGACCUACGAGACCAUCCUGGUCCCCUCACGGCCUGGCCUGCGAAGCUCAAAGAGCGAGGAGACCCCUCCACCACUGCCAGUCAAAAAUCCCACCAGAGGGAGUUCCAAGACAAAACCAGGGCAGAGUGUUUUGGACACCUCAGAGUCCUUGCCUCAGUCGCCAGAUGUCCCUGAGGGGAGACACUUGUCCACUUCCAGCGUUCCUGGAGUGCCAGAUGGUGGCACUUCCCGGCAGCCGUCGAGCUUCCGCAAUUCUGCGGAAGUCAAAGGCACAGCCUACUGGGAAACCUGCUCCGAAAUGGAAAGUGGACCCCUGCGCAGAAGAUCGGACCCCAGUCAGGCGACAGUGCUACAGCCUUCUCCUGGGACCUCUCCAGAACAAGGACAGGCCAACCCAGUCAAGUUCAGCUCUGAGAGCACCCGAUCCUAUCGGCGGAUCAGUAGUGGCUCGGUGGGCAAGUUGCCUGGCACCCCACUUUCCCCUCAGAGCUCUGGUUGCCCAGAAGAACUGCCUUCCUGCAAGUCUCCGAUGCUGGCUCAGACGCCUCCCCCCGUGCCGAUGCCAAGAAGGUUUGCUCCGGCUAAGGGACGGCCGAAGAGAGUCAUGGCCUUGGUUGACUGCAAGGGGGACAAGGCUCGGGAGCUGACUUUCUCCAAGGGUGAAGUGAUUGUGGUGACGCGGGAAGAGGAUGAUCAAAGUUGGAUCGGUUUCAUUGAAGGCGAUGGCACAAGAACAGGAGUUUUCCCCUCCAGCUUUGUCCACCCAUUGCAAGACUGAUGGGACCAUUUUGUUCACGCUCGAGCUGCAGAGAUGAGUCUGCCUUGAGCUGCUUUGCAGACCUAAGGCGGACUCGCCCCAUCUCCUUUGAGCCUGCUCUUCUCCAUAGGAUGUCAUCUGCGUAAUCACUUCCUUGAUCAUAUCCUUGGGAAGAAGCCACUAGCUUCGGCUCGGCUACUGUUUUCAUUGCUGUUGUUAAGCAGGACCAGAAGAAAGGACGGGAGCUCUGCCGAUGUUGCUUGGUUGACUUUUUCUGGCUUCUUUUUGCGGCCUCAUGCAACUGAUGUAUCUUCUCGUUGGCUGUGGAGGCUCCAUCUCCAAGUCAUCUCUGCCUCCGUUUGAUUUUCUCGCUCGAGACCAAAUGUACACUUGAGUGGGAUUCAGACUCCUAGUGCAGUGUUUGGUUUUGUAGCAAUCUCGGCUUCUGUUACGACAGUCACGAGGGAUGAGCCCUGCUUCCAAGAGAAAUCUGAAAACAUGCAGCAAAUGCAUAUAUGCUGGAGACUUGGAAAAACCAAGCCAUGCCUUGGGCAGGGCUUCAUACAGGGCAAAGCUGCUGCACACCCCGCCCCAGCCCCAUGAGGAUUCACGUCACCCUUCCCCCAGUGGAGGUCAAAUACCCUACCCUCAUGGAUCCAUUUCUGCAUCUCUUCAUCCAGUGCAGAGUAUCUUCACAUCUGCUGUGUGCAGAGGGUUCUGGGAGCCUUGGUUGGUCCCAACUGGCCUAGUCAGUUGAGAGUGCCCUUUAGGGGAAGGGCUGCAGCUCAGUGGUAGAGCAUCUGCUUUUCAUGCGUAAAGUCCCAGGUUCAAUUCCCGACGGCAUCUCCAGGAGGGGAUGAAGGCAGCCCCUGCCCAAAGCCCUGGAGCGCUGCUGCCAAUCAGUGUCAACAGUGCUGAGCAAGAUGGGCCAAUGGUCUGACUUUGCAUAAAGCAGGUUCCUAUGUGGCCAUAUCUGUUAGGCACCAGGUGUGCACUGCUGGAGAAGUUGGAUAAUGGUGUGCAAACUCCAGGGCUUGCCUCCGCUGUUCAGCAAAGUUGAGCAAAGAUGCUUUGGGCGACAGAAUUUGGGCACCUUUCAGGGGCUGCAUUCUGCCAGGACAGCCACAGCUUUUCCAUGUCCCAUGGAAGUCACUGCCUUCCAAAUGAAGAAGAUUGAUGAAGGGCAGAACUCAUGUCUGAUAAAGCAAAGCUUUUCAAAGCGUUGGGCGCUAGUGGGAAGUGAGGCCAUUUGUAGCUCUUCUUCAGGCUGCAAAAUGUCUUGGGGCCUCUAUUGACCAGCCUAUCUGCCAUUAUCACUCACAGAAUUACAGAAUCAUAGAAUGUUUUAAGUCAGAAGGUACCUUAGAAGUCCAACCUCCUGCACACUGCAGGAAUCUUGCAACUGCAGCAUCCCUGGCAAAAGCUGGUUGCACCUCUGCUUAAAUACCUUCAGCAAAGGAAAGACCACCACCUCAUGAGGCCAUUUGUGCCUCUGUCGAACAGUUCUAGCAAUUAGAACAUGCCUCCUAUUAGCCAAAAUCUGUUUCCUUGUGACUUCCACUCUUUGGCUCUACUCUUGGAGUAACAGAGAACAAAUUGAUUUUCUACAUUAUGGAGCUCCUGAUAACUUCCUGUGGAAUCUGUGAGUUCUGUAGAGUAAUGUUUUGAAACCACUGCUACUCGUACUUCGGAAGCUUUUCAGGCUGAAUCCAAACUUGUUGUUGUUUGGAUUUGGGCACCAGCCACCACUGGGAAGGCAGGGAGGCCAACAGUGGGCAGACCCAGAGCCAAGGACAGAUGCAGAUAAGUAAUUCUAGUUUUCUCCCUGUCCUGUUCCCUGCUGAGUUGUACAGGGGCUAUGGAGGAGGCUGGGAGCCAGGACUGGUUGUCAUUAAGUAGACAGGCCAGUGUGGGCUGGCUGAGAGCAGAUUGAGGUUGGUAGGGCAGUGCGUCAUAAGAUCCAGCCCAAUAUUUUUAGAGCAGCUCAGCCAGUUUAGAAAGUGCCCCUGUCCCCUUUUUUAUCCUCUCCUGCCAAGCUGUGAGAAAAUCAAGUCUGCAAGUCUCCAGCCUGGUUAAAUUUUGAACAAAAAGGAAAGCAGCUGUGGGAGUUGCCAAAUUGGCAAUUCUCCCCGACAAUGAAAUCCCUCCCCAAAUCCCACAAUUAGGUUUGCAACUGUUUUUAAAAUGUUACUU